CACAUUAUCCUGGAAGCCAGAUCAGAAGCAGAGCAGUCGAUCUGAACAACUGAUGCUCGGAGAUGGGAAACCGGCACCCAAGUAAGAAUUACUAACGAGAGAGCGCAACAAGCGGUCGUCUACGCCGCGCCGAACGGUGGAUUUGCGGCGCUGACACCCCACAGACUAGAGCGGUCGUGGUCUCCGUUUCCUAACAAAGAGGCGCAGGGGCUUGUGGGAAAUGUAGUCCCAUCCUCCCAUGACUUCACCAGGGCAGGGCCCAGGGAAACUCUUCCAGAUUCCUUCUGCGCAUGUGCCUCCCCGCCCACUCCCGCCAUCUUCCUCCAGGAAAUUCCAGAUGCUCGGCUCUGUCCACGGUGUUGUCCGGACUCUGCGGUUGGAGACCGUCCCGGAAGGUUGGUAGAACUCUAGAGUCUUCACACCUGUUUCCAAGUUCAGAGAAAAUAAUGAAUCCAUCUCCAGUAUUUGUGUCAUUUGAGGAUGUGGCCGUGUCAUUCACCUGGGAGGAGUGGCAGGAGCUGGACAGUGCUCAGAGAACUCUCUACAAGGAGGUGAUGCUGGAGACGUACAGCAGCCUGAUGUGCCUGGGGUGUUGCAUUUCCAAACCAGAGGUUAUCCUCAAGUUGGAACAGGGAGCAGAGCCAUGGAUUGUGGAAGACCCCCUAACCCAGAACCUGCCGGUUAUCCAACAAAUAGAUGACCAGAUUGGGACCAGUCAUGAAAUGCAAGACAUGAUUAUGUGGCAAGUUUUAUUCACAAACAAUAGCACGUCAAUCAAGGAGAGGGAUGAAUUAGGGGAACCACUUAAUUUAAAAUCCAGCCACAUGUCAACAUUGAUCAUGAAAGAUGGGAAUUAUGCAGGAAUGGGGCCUGAGGAAUACAGUGCAUGUCAGAGCACUUUUCUGCUUAAUGAGCAUGACGAUCUGUGCUCUCGAGAGAAACUCGAUGGCUCCAUUGUACCUUGGAAAUCCCUCAGAUAUUGUGAGUAUCCUAGUCAACAUCAAAGCAUUCAGACAUUGCCACACAUUUUUGAACACAGUGUACAAAGAAAUACCUUCAACAGCGAAGCAAUGUUCUAUACACACAAAUCAGAUCUUAUAGCACAUCAGGGGACACAUACCGGAGAAAAUCCAUGUAACUGUAGUGAUUGUGAGAAACCUUUCAUCUGUAAGCCAAACUUUACUGUCCAGCACCGAAUUAGCUCAUCGGAGAAGUCAUAUUGGUGUAAUGAGUGCGGGAAAACAUUUUGCCGCAAGUCAAACCUCCAUCGACAUCAGAGAACUCACACAGAGGAAAAGAAUAAUGAAUGCAAUAAAUGUGGAAAAAGCUUUUACCAGAAGUCAGAUCUGAUCAUACAUCAGAGAAUUCACACAGGGGAAAAGCCCUACGAAUGUAGUGAAUGUGGGAAAACCUUCUGCCGAAAGUCCAGCCUCAGGACACAUCAGAGACUGCACACAGGGGAGAAACUAUACGAAUGUAAAGAAUGUGGGAAAACCUUCUUCUACAAGUCAUCUCUCUCACAACAUCAGAGAACACUGUACGAAUGUAAAAAGUGUGGGAAGUCGUUUUACCACUGGUCUCUGUUCUGCAGGCAUCAGCAAACUCACACGGGGGGCAAACCCUAUGAAUGUAGUGAUUGUGGAAAGAAGUUCUGCAGGAAAGCAAAUCUCAUCAUGCAUCAGCAAACACACACUGGGGAGAAACCCUACGAGUGCAAUGAGUGUGGGAAGACGUUCUUCAGGAAGACAAGCCUGAGCAGGCAUCAGCAAACUCACACGGGGGAGAAACCCUUUGAAUGUAAUGACUGUGGAAAAGCCUUUUAUCUAAAGUCGAAUCUCCUUAUCCAUCGCAGAACUCACACGGAGGGAAAAGCUUUUCCAUGCAAUGAAUGUGGAAAAGCCUUUUACCAGAAGUCAUACCUGAUCAUCCAUCAGAGAUCUCAUACAGGAGAAAAACCGUAUGGGUGUAAUGAGUGUGGAAAAGCCUUUUCCCGCAAGUCAGGUCUUGUCAGGCAUGAGAAACUUCAGACAGUAGGAAAGUCCUAUGAGUGUAAAGAGUGUGCCAAAACCUUUUGCCAGAAGUCAAACCUCAGGAUACAUCAGAGAAUCCAUGCAGGUAAGAAAAUCUAUGAGUGUAAGGAAUGUGGAAAAGGCUUUUGCCAGAAGUCACAUCUCAACAAGCAUCAGAACAUUCACAGGAGUGGAGGAGACACUGGGACCCAGGAUGUGAAGCUGCCUCUUGGGAUGCCUCCAUCCCAUAUCGGAGAGCUAGUUGAAGUCCCAGACACUCCACUUAUAAUCCAGCUUCCUAGUAGCACACACGGGGAGGCAGCAGACGAUGUCCCGAUGACUUGGGUGCCUGCCAACCAUAUGGAAGACUCCGAUGGAGUUCCAGGCUCAUGGCUUCCGUCCGCCCCAGCCCUGGCUGUUGCAGGCCUUUGGGGAGUAGACCAGCAGAUGGAAGAUCUCUCUCUUUCUCUGUCUCUCCCUGUCCCUGUCACCCUGCCUUUCAAAUAAAUAAAUGCAUCUUUUUUGGGGGAAAAAAAGAUAUUCCAGAAGAAAAUGAAUGAAUGUAAUGAAUAUUGCAAAAACAUUUUCUUAUAAAGUCAGACUGAACUAGUUGUUAGCUAAGUAACACAGAGGAGGCACUCUGUCAUUAAGAUGGAUAGGCCUGUGAGAAAUGGCACCUCAGCAGGUCUAACAACUGUUUUGGGAAGGAGUGAUCCUGUAUGUGAGAAACUGGCUGCGUGACCUUCAGUGUCAACUCUACUCUUAGACUUACAGCCUGCAUGUUCAACCUCCCCUUCCUAGUAAUAGGUCCCUGCUUUCACAUAUGUAUCUUAGGAACAGGUAAGCAUCAGACUAUAUUUCAAAUACUACCUUCAUCAUUUACUAAUAAGUUCGGUUGCCCAUCGCGACUUCCGCUGUGGAACAGAGCGGCUGUUGGGCACAGAUGUGUCACAGGGCUCCUCUGUGUCAGCCGUGAGG